AUGACUUUCUCCCAAUCAGACUCGCCCACGUUUGGGCCUCCAUCAACAGAGCUCCCUAAGCCUCCGGUGCCAUAUACUCCUGGGUGGGGAUUCACUAUUAAAUCUCACACUGCUUCGGCCCCAACGCCAGUGGUGCGAGACUGCUGCAUCAACAGUAAAGAAGACAGGAAGGAAAGAAUGCAUUUGAGUCCAAUCGACCGAUGUCUAAAGCACCCCCCUUUGCCUGGCAAAGAAGGAAACGAUACUGUCAGCCUAGAGGUCAUUGAUGUCUUGAAAGGAGGCGAUGGCCACAAUGCUCAGGUAUUCACGGUCCGAUUACUGGACUUUGAGUCAACAUCCCAGAUGCUUCCUCCAAAAGGCACACGACUGGUCGCAAAAGUAUACGACCCUCUCUACUUCAACGAUGGCGAUGGGUACCUCAACCCAUUCCUUUGCAUGGACAGAUCCUACACUCAUGAGGCCAAUGCAUAUAUCGCUCUUAACGAGUUUCAAGGUCAAGGGAUCCCGAGAUACUAUGGGUCCUACUCCUUAAGUUUAUCUGUCGAUUCAGUCCACACACGGACAGUUCGAAUGAUUCUGGUCGAGCAUAUCCAAGGAAUCACCAUGGCGGAUGCUGAACCCAGAAAAUUUCCCCAGGCAGUUCGCCAAAGUAUUCUGAAGUCGAUUGUGGACUUUGAAAGCCGGAUCUACGAGAAGGACAUUUGGCUCAUCGAUCUCGAGCAGCGAAAUGUCAUCAUAAGUGCACCAGAGAGCGAUCAGCUCCGUGUUGUGUUCAUUGACUUUGGAGAUGCUCUUUUCAACCGCAGGCGAGAUGAUCCUAUUGCGUUAGAAUCGAACAACUUUUUGGGACAAUACAUUUCACCCCUCCUUCGGUGGAAGAAAACCAAAGCCAAAAAAUAUGCAUUUUUAGAAUGGAUUGAUUGGGACUGGGACUCCUGGCUCAAUGCCGAGUUUGCCCAUACAGCUGCAAGCAUCACUCCCGAGAUGCGAGAACGAUGGUCCGAUGAUUAUUAG